AUGGCCGUAUUGGAAUGGCCAAGUCUAUCGGCUCUCAUACUCAUCACUUGCUUCCAUCUUUCGAGGAGUUCGAACUCAAUUGACGAUUAUUACUCGGAUAAUUAUCAAGAAUUUGCUGCUAGUGAAGGUAUGACAAUGACUUUUUAUUCACUUAUUGGCAAACACGGAAUACGAAUCAUUUCAGAAAGAGGUCUUUUCCCGAAUAUUUUCAAUUUGGCUACAAACGCUUUAAUACGGGCCGAUGCAACGUGUGGUCAACAUCAUCGUGAAGUUUACUGUAAACUUGUUGAGCAUGUUUUCAACAGACAGCCACAAUGCGAUGUUUGUGAUAUGAAUAAUGUGAACAAACGACAUCCAAUUGAAUUCGCAAUUGACGGUACACCAAAAUGGUGGCAAAGUCCUUCGUUAGCGAAUGGUCUUGAGUAUGAACGUGUCAAUAUCACGAUUGACUUGAGACAGGAGUAUCAAGUGGCUUAUGUGAUUGUAAAGAGUGCUAUUGCACCUCGACCGGGAACAUGGGUGUUAGAAAAAUCAAAGGAUGGAAUUAUAUAUCAACCGUGGCAAUAUUAUGCGACCAGCGAUGCGGAAUGCAUGCGACAUUUCGGCGUGCCCGCAACCGUGGGAGUACCACGAUUCACCAGGGACGAUGAGGUUCUUUGUACAUCCUACUUCUCAAAGCUCGAUCCGCUUGAGAAUGGUGAAAUUCAUACGUCAUUGGUGAACGGCAGACCAACAGCUGAAGCAUCGUCUGAAUUACUUCAGAAUUUCACUCGAGCUCGUUUUGUACGGCUGAGAUUGUUGAGUCCUCGAACGCUGAAUGCUGAUUUGAUGAUCAUUAAUCAUCGCGGAUCAAGCAAUCGAUUAGAUCAAUCGGUAACAAGACGUUAUUUCUACGCGAUCAAAGAUAUUAGUAUUGGUGGUCAAUGUAUUUGUUAUGGUCAUGCCGAGAGUUGCCCACCGGAUCCUGUUACUGGACAAUUCCGUUGUGAAUGUCGUCAUAAUACUUGUGGUGAAUCUUGCCAUGAAUGCUGUCCAUUGUUCAAUCAACUUCCAUGGAAGCAAGGAACGCAACUGCAUCCGAAUAUUUGCCAAGGUUCGACAAUUUUGAAUGAUGACGUUGAACUUGUUAAUUUCUUCAUUUUGAAUUACUUAAAAGUGCCGAUUAAUACCCGCACUUCAAUUGCAGCAUGUCAGUGCUUCAAUCACGCAGAUCGAUGUGAAUAUGACGCAGAAAUCGAAAGACUCGGCUUAAGUGUAACGCCUGAGGGUAUUUUUGAAGGAGGUGGAAAAUGUAUCAAUUGCAAGCAUAAUACGGAUGGUAUAAACUGUGAGCGUUGUAAGUGGACAUUUUUCCGACCGUCAGGUAUCACUCACUAUCGUGAAGAUGCAUGUCGACCAUGCGAUUGCGAUCCAGUUGGCUCGGAACACGGCAACUGUGUUCGAGAUGAGACGAGUGCAGUGAAUGGACAGCAUCCAGGCGACUGUAUCUGUAAGCCGGGAUUCGGUGGACGUCGAUGUGAUCGAUGUGCAAUCGGAUAUCGUAACCAUCCGAGAUGUGAACCGUGUCCUUGUAACCAGGCUGGAUCGUUGAAUUUCGAUACAUGUGAAGAGGAGAUAUGCGUUUGUAAAACGAACGUCGAAGGACUGUAUUGUGAUCGCUGCAAGCCAGGAACGAUCAAUCUGAACGUCAAUAACCCACAAGGAUGUCAAGCAUGCUUUUGCUUCGGUCUUGGAAAUAACUGUACUGAAAAGCAAUGGGCUACUGCUCAAAUUCGAGACAAUUUGGGAUGGCAUUUAACGGAUCUCACAGGUCAGAGUUCAAUUAAACCGAAGAGCGAGAAUGCCGAAUUAUUAAUGUACAACGCCAACGAUCACAAAGAUCAACAUUUGUAUUAUUGGAAGGCUCCGAAAAAGUUCCUCGGCAAUCUGUUGAAUAGCUAUGGUGGAAUGCUUUAUUACUACGUUUAUUUUGUACCUUCAAAUGGCGGCUCAACAGUCCCAGUUGCUGAUUUGAUCAUUGAAGGUAAUGGUAUGAAGUUGGAGUACUACAGUAGGCAAGACUUUUUCCCUCGUGAGAAUAUGAGUGUACAAAUCCCAAUGAAAGAGGGCAAUGGAUGGUACAAUUCACAUUUGAGAGUGCAAGUGGACAAGAAUGAUUUGAUGCGUGCAUUAGCAGAUGUUAAAUACAUGUUGGUGAGGGCAAUGUAUCACCAGAAUCAGCUUCAAUCGAGGUCGGUUGUUUUCAAAGAUUUCAUUUCUGUUUUUGACAUUGAACGAUGA